GACCAAGUGGACAACAAGAAGAAAACAAAAAUGAUGGUUCGUGAAGAAGACCAGGGUGAGGAAGAAGACCUUCAGAACAAACCAUUAUCGGGGUCGAAGACGUCGCACUCAUGAGGCAGUGCGUAUAGGUGUGAAUGUCGGACUUAACGAGAAGUAUUAGAGAGGUACCAAAUUUUGAAUCGAGAAUUAUUCGAAGGGAAAGAGCUUAUUUUAUUCGUGCUGGCGUGAGGAUGACAUGGAGACGCGUGGUCAAAAUAAAAACUUUACCGAACGUGAUUUUAACGCAAUUUCCAUACUGACCAGUGCCCAGUAUCACAGCAGUUCCGUAUGCAUAUAAGCUGUGUAUUUGCUACGAAUGGUCCUUAGGAUGAAGUCUCGGUUCAGUCUGCAGUGGAAAUUCGCCUUCCUUAGAUACGGAGUUUGCAGUUGGGAUGUCGUCCCUGAAUCUGAGUUGCCAAGGACUUCGAUAGAUAUCUGAGAGUAGCUAGAGUGCAGUCAGCAGAUAUGGAGUCACUAGUUGGUUCUUGUGUGCAUGAUGUGUGAUUCGUUCAAUUUAUCAGCUGUAUUCCUCGCGCAAUAUAUGAAUGCGGGUGUAGAUCAUGACUUUGUUAGUUGGAAGGCCGUGUUAUUUGGUAGUUGCUCCAGUAUAAUGCUUGCAGGUGUCACUCGGUCAUCCAGGACGCAUGUAUGUCCUCUCCUGUUAUGAAUUUUGGUCAAGCCUAAUUAUUUCGUUUGUAUUACAUCUCAGAUCACCUAAUGCGUUCGACUGGUAAAAUGUUAGUGUUGAAUACGAGGCUAGGCGUUUUUGAAUGGAACUUAAAGAUUGGUUUUGUAAUGCAAACUCAAGUUGAUGGUCAAACUGUUGUUCCUAGGAUAGUUAACUUGACAGACAUAUCAACAAACAAAAGACUUCUUUUUUACUGCUCUUGCUGUGUGAGCUGAGCUAGAUUGUAUGCUUAAGCUGUUGGUCUACCACGGCAGUUGUUUAGUGUGGUAGACCACAGCUGAUGUCACUUCUUCUCUACGUGGUUAUCAUUGUUCAUCCAGAUUUGAAAGUUAUCUUGCUCAUAACCCAAUGGGUGAUUUGAAAUCUUAAAGAUAAGCGCGAACAUGCAAUAGACAACUGAGCAGCAGGAAACACCAAGUAUGAUUCAAUUUCCCAGAGUUUUUGAGUGGAUUGCAGUGGGAUAUGCGCUAACAGUACGAUAUUCCGAUUUGUCCUCAAUAUGGGUGAAAAAUAUUACUUAUGCGCGUUUGUUCGUUAUGAUUUGUUACCACCUCAUGCGCAUAUUGCGCGAUUGGUUGAAUGUGUCUCUAUGAACGCAGGCUGAAGCAGCUGAUGGAGUCAACAAUGAUGACUGCGAAGCUGCUUACAGCGCCUGCCAAACUUCGAACGGGGAUGCAAGUGAGAGACUCAUUUUGUCUCCUCCAAAUGUUGCCGGAGAUGGAUCACAAAGAGCAAGGGACGGUUGUUCUGAAGAUAAGACGAGGGCUUUGAUUACGUCACAGUUGAAAGGACAUUUUUACCACGUGGAAGAAGGUCUACUCACAACUUUGGAGCAAUGUUUGAGAUCUGAUAAUCGAGAAUUUACCUCCGCAGCCCUCUCUGGUUACGUCGAUCAUUUUCAAACGCUGGGCGAGGACGCUCUGUGGGGCUGUGGCUGGAGAAAUAUUCAAAUGCUGUGUUCCUUCUUAAUGGCUGAAGUUCCUGAGGCAAGGGAAGUAUUAUUCAAUGGUGUAGGAUUUGUUCCUGAUAUCCCUUCUCUUCAACGAUGGCUAGAAAUUGCAUGGCAAAAAGGUUUCGAUCAGUCCGGGGCCGAAUAUUAUGAUUGGAAAAUUUACCGAACACGGAAAUGGAUAGGGACCACGGAGUGCGCUGCACUUUUGCGAGCAUUUGGAAUUCGAAUUAAUAUCGUAAGCUUCAAGGCUAUCGAGGACCGAUUGUCAAACCUAGAUGGUGCUGGUGUUCCCCGUCUCUUGAGUGGGUCAGUGGAAGAUGUAUCUGAGAAGGGCAACAAGAGGUCGAUAACGAAGAGGCCUAUCCCUUCGAAGGAACCACGUAGUGCGGGUAUCAGUUGUCAUGAAUGUGGUCGGUGCACUCUUAGUAGUUUCAGGUACAGGGGUCUUGGAAAUGAACAAUAUGACUUGUGUUCUGAAUGCAUGAUCAAGAGGAAGAAAAGGCCAGCUAGCAGUUCCUACGAGGGAUUGCAUACUGUUCCAGUCGACGGUGCUCAAAGUGUUACUCAAGGUCAGCUCGAAAGCAAUAAAGUUCUACAGAAAUGCAUGAACAAACCUUCUCACGAAGUAAGAAAUAUAGUCGUUUCAGGACAGUCCUAUGACGGAACUUCCCAGAAACACAGUAUUGUUGUGGGGAGAAGUGGAGGUGAGCAUCACUCCACCGUGAAACAUCGAUCAAGCGGAUCUGGAGUGAACUCAUUUUCUCGAGGUGUACAAUGUAUGGAGUCUCCGACGGAAGGAGUACAACACAAUUCCAUGUCGACUGGAGAGGGCAGUGAACAGGAUGCUUGUCAUCUUGCAGUUGAGAGCGCCGAUCAUCGCCAUUUGAUAGAGUGGGUUUGGAAGUACUUUACCGGAGAGACCUUGCAGAAGAGCUCGUCAGGCUCCUUUCAUCAUCAACAGCCUAUCAUCAAGAGCGAGCGCUCGCCCUUGUACUUCCAGCACCGUGGCCACUCUCGAACUAUUGUAGGUAUUGAGCUACGACGGAAACUGCGUGAUGUCACAGAAGACUGCGAGGUGUUUUUGUUGGUCUUGGAUCCUUUGCAGAGUACCAACGUGCUUGCGAAAACGCUGAGGGACAAGACUGGAUGGAAGAAACUCGUUGAACAAGAUGUGCAUGCUCUUGUACAUUCGGAGUAUCAGAUCUGCUAUGCAGACCGUGGGAUUGCUCGUGGUGAAGAGCUAGAAGAACUCAAAGUUCUUACGAGUCUCAACUAUACAUAUUUUUCUGACGUUAAUAGUGGAUGAGUUAAAAGAUGAACAUGCGUCUGAUCAGUUGAUGAAGUGCUAGAAGAGUGCGGACACUCAUUUGUAUCAUCCUCAUUCAUAUCCAACUCAAGAGAAGUGGAUGCUGAAGGUACAUUAGCACAAAAUACUGAUGGUCUCAAUUUAGCCUUAUACAUUACACCAUUACUUGAGUUACUAUCCUGCUUACGAAGGUCACGCUUCUCGGACGCGAUGAGAUCUAGUAGAAACAUAACUCCUUGAGCUUGUCUUAUAUGAACAAACCCAACUCAAAAAUUUUGCUAGAUUGCUUGAGUUUUUACCUUGUAAUCUAUACCACAAUUGCAGUCGCUUUUGUGGGCUCCCCCUGAGAGAGAAAUAGGUCAUUAAUGGGUUGGAAGAUUUGUCUCCUUGUUUAACAAACAGAAUGUUUUGCAAAUAUGUCUUCCCCUUAUUCUUUCUUAUGCACUGAGGAACAAAUCGCCGACUUAUGAGCGUGUCUGAUAUGAGUAUGAUCUUUCCUCUCCCUUAGCUUAUCUCGUUAAGUCUAGUUAUCGUUAUUCGAGUAUUAGACUCGAAUAUUUUUGUGCUUUAAGAUAGUGAUCAUAGUGUUAGUCAUGCACAUCUUCUUGGUAUAUUUGUCAUAUGAGACCCCACAACUGAGUUGUACAUUCUAGCCUGCAGAUAAAAGUUUCGGCACAUCAAUUCAAGUGCAUAGGAAAACGA